UCUCUCUCCUGUACACACUUAAAAACUCUUGCAGACACACACACACACACACACGACUCCGCUGGGCUUAAGGACAAGUAAGUCAACAUUUGACUAGACUUCAACGGACUGUACGGGAAGAAGCCCUUCUCCUCUUUUUGGAACUUUGAACUUGAACACAAGGACUUGGAGAACAUUUUUUUUUUUCUACAGGUGGAUACGCAUUUUCCCCAAACCUCUUGGGUCAAACAAAGCAACGAGGAAUUAGUCAUUUUUUUCUUUAUUUAUUGUUGGACUCUUGGACUUGGACUGGACAAGAGAGGGAGAGAGAGGGAGUGCAGUAAGAGGAAGGAGAUGGGGAGAUGGACGCUGCAUCUCUCCGUGGGGCUCGGGCUCCUCGCCGUCUUGUUGACCUGCUGUGAUGCUGAAGCGAACCACUGCUUCGCUGCCAGGGCCAAGACCUGUUCAGAAUGCCUGCAGACGGAGGUCGGCUGUGCCUACUGCACUAAUGAGAACUUUAAUGGCCCUCGCUGUGACCUGUUCGAAAACAUAUUAGCCCACGGCUGCAGGCGAGAAGACAUACUCCGAGCUCAGAGCACCCUGUCGUUAGAAACCAAGCAAGCCAUCAACAUGAAUCUUCAGAAGUCUCAGGUGUCUCCACAGAAGAUGGUCAUGAGCUUUCUGCCAGGAGAGCAGAAGCAGAUGAAUGUGGAGGUGUUCGCUCCCACCAAAGGCCCCCUGGACCUUUAUAUUCUGAUGGACUUCUCCAACUCCAUGGAGGACGAUUUGGACAACUUGAAGAAGAUGGGCUCGCAGCUGGCUAAGUUGGUGAACGACCUGUCAGAUGAUCCCACCAUCGGGUUUGGAAAGUUUGUGGACAAAGUGACCGACCCCCAGACGGACAUGAGACAAGCCAAACUUAAACAGCCGUGGCCCAACAGCGACCCGCCGUUCUCUUUCCAAAACGUCAUCCCGUUGAUGAACAACACAGAUUCCUUCAUCCGGAAGCUCCAGAAGGAGAAAAUAUCUGGCAACCUGGAUGCUCCUGAAGGAGGCUUUGAUGCCAUACUGCAGGCUGCAGUUUGUGUGGACAAGAUCGGCUGGCGUAGCAGCAGCACGCAUCUCCUGGUUUUCUCCACCGAGUCAGCCUUCCACUACGAGUCCGACGGCGCCAACGUGCUGGCGGGAAUCAUGGCGCGCAACGAUGAGGCCUGCCACCUCGACCCACAAGGCAAAUACACAAAGGAUGUAGACCAGGAUUACCCUUCAAUACCCACACUGGUCCGCCUGCUAGCCAAACACAACAUCAUCCCCAUCUUCGCUGUCACCAACCACUCCUACUCGUUUUACGAGAAACUCCAAACGUACUUCCCCAUUGCGGAAAUCGGUCGGCUGGAAGAAGACUCAAAGAACAUGCUGACACUCAUGAGGACUGCCUUCGAGAGCAUCCGAAGUAAGAUGAGCAUCCGCGCAGAGGACAGACCCAAGGCUUUUGAGGCAGAGUUCUUUCACACCAAUGGAAGCCUUGCACAAUACGGGGCCUUUGACUUCAAGCCUGGCGCAAUAGGCAAGUUCAAGAUGCGACUCAAAGCCCAGCGAACGAUCGAUGGGCAACCUGUCUGUCAGAUGGAUCCGGACCACAAAAUGGGAACAAUGAGAGUCAAACCUACAACCUUCAGCACUGCCGUCAAAGUUAAUGCCUCGGUUUUGUGUCCAACCUGCCCCUGUGAGAAGACGGCCAUCCCUAAUGCAGACAAGUGCUAUGGCAACGGAGACCUUGUGUGUGGGAGGUGUCACUGCCAUGAUGGCUGGUUGAGUACCUUCUGUAACUGCUCAGCAAGUUCUUCAGCUCAGGACAAGAACCAAUGUAUGGGCUCGGGAAUAAAGGAACCAUGUUCAGGCAAUGGGGAGUGCCUGGAGUGUGGAACCUGUCUGUGCAACAACCCGGAUCAGUUUGAGGGUCAAUACUGUCAGUACGACAAGACCCAAUGUCAAAGAUAUGGCGGCUUCCUCUGCAAUGACCGCGGCUCUUGUAUCAUGGGUCGGUGUGUGUGCACCAAAGGCUGGACGGGCAAUGCCUGCGAGUGUCCCAAGAGCAACCAGACCUGUCUGGACAGCAAGGGCGGGCUCUGCAACGGGCGAGGGAAAUGUGUCUGCGGCCGCUGUGCGUGUUACAGCUCUGAUAUGACAAAGACUGCAACCUGUGAGCCCAAUUUCCAGGCCCAGUUGGGCGCGUGCGAGGGGACGAGGUCUUGCGUCCAGUGUCAGGCCUGGAAGACAGGAGAAAAGAAAGAGAAAGAGGAAUGUGACAAGUGCUCCUUCAAAAUUAUCUUGGUGGAUGAGCUCAAAGAAGAGGAGAAAGUUCUUGAUUCGUGCAGUUUCCGCGACGAGGAUGACGACUGUACGUACUACUACACUGUCGAAAACCCCAAAGAUCCCGGAGAUAACGACCUGGAGGUCCAGGUGCUCAAAAAGAAAGAUUGCCCCCCCGCCAGCUUCCUGUGGCUGCUCCCACUCCUCUUGUUCCUCUUGUUGCUGCUGGCUCUUCUGCUGCUCUGCUGCUGGAAAUACUGCGCCUGCUGCAAAACCUGCUUCCAGAGCUGUCUUGCCCUGCUGCCUUGCUGCCGGAGAGGUCGCAUGGUUGGCUUCAAGGAAGAUGAGUAUUUGCUCCGCCAGUCUCUGCUCACCUCAGACCAUCUGGACACACCAAUGGUGAGGACCGGCCCACCCAAAGGAACAGAUGUGGUUCGCUGGAAGGUCACAGAUAACGUUCACCGAUCGCCCAAUCACCCCCAGGCUCUGAUAAAGCCCAACCCCAAAGAGACCAUCCAGUUCCCGAUGUCUCUCCGGCUAAACAGGGUGUUCUCUGAGAAUCUGUCUCGUCCCGAAUCCAGAGAUGCCGAACAGCUCCGCAAGGAAGUUGCCGAUAAUCUAAAUGAGGUGUACAAGCAGAUCCCAGGAGCCCAGAAGGUGCAGAAAACCUCUUUCAGAAUGCAGAGAAAUGCCGGAAAAAGGCAGGACUACGCCAUCAUGGACACCGUCCUACCUGCUCCUCGCAGCAGCUACCCCGAUAUCGUCAAACUCACCGAGAAAAAUGUCCAGUCUGGAAACGUAAAUAAUCUCAAAGUGGUGCCCGGCUACUACACUGUGGCCACAGACCGAGAGGCUGCAGGAGCCAUAGAGUUCAAUGAAGGUGUGGAGUCGGUAGACGUCCACGUGCCGCUCUUUGUCAAGGAUGAAGACGAUGACAAGAAGCAGCUGCUGGUGGAGGCCAUGGAUGUGCCACUGGGCAUCGCUGAGAUUGGAAAACGUCUGGUCAACAUCACCAUCAUCAAAGAGCAUGCCACCAGUGUCUUCUCGUUCCUCCAGCCGGCCUACACCUACAGCAGGCAGGACGGAGUGGCCAACAUCCCAAUCAGCAGAGAGAUCAUAGAAGAUGGACGCACACAGGUCACCUACCGCACACGGGACCUUACAGCCAAGGAUAAGAAGGACUACGUGGCUAUGGAAGGAGACCUGACCUAUAAUCCUGAUGAGACCCAGAAAAUGGUGCCUGUUCGUCUGCUGGAGCUGAGCGAGAAAGAUGGCCUCCUGGAAGACAAACAGGUCAAGCAGUUUGUCAUGGAUCUCAGCAACCCGCGGCAGGGCGCCAAGUUGGGACGCUACCCAAGAACUACUGUCACUAUCACAGACCAGCCAGAGCCCAGUGUGAUGAUGUUUAAAAAGGGCGCCCAGAACUUCGGCACAUCUGACCCAACCUACACCAUCCCAGUGGUCCGCACUCGCAACCAGGACAGCCCCGCCACAGUGAAAUGGCGCACCAAGAAGGCCCAGCGCUUUGAAUUGUCCGGCCCUCUGAAGUUUAGUCCUGGAGAGACGGAGAAGAACAUUGUGAUCGACCCAUGGGCCCACCCUGGCCCAAUCCAGCCAGAGACCAUCCAACUGGAGCUGUUUGACCCAAGUAGCAAUGCUACUAUCGGAGACAGGAAGACCACCCUUGUCAAUGUUGUUGAUGGAGGAGAGAUUGCCCAGAUGCAGCAGAUGGGCUUCGUAAACCCGAAAACCAUGUCCCCUGGCGGGCGCCUUCUCGCCCCAACAAACCUUAAGGCCAAAGCAACUGGACCCAGAAACAUCCGCCUCAACUGGGACCCGGCAUCUGGUAACCCCAUGGGGUACAAGGUAAAGUAUUGGAUCUAUGGCGACCCAGAGAAAAAUGCCCAGAUCUUAGAUGUGAAGACUCCUCAAGCUGAGUUGACCAACCUGUACCCCUUUUGUGACUACGAAAUGAAAGUGUGCAGCUACAACACAAUGGGAGAUGGCCAAGAUACAGACAUGGUUACGUGCCAAACUCUUGAGGAUGCGCCUGGUGAACCUGGACGUCUGGCCUUUAAUGUCAUCAGUCCGACUGUCACUCAGGUCAGCUGGGGAGAGCCUGCAGAGACCAAUGGCAACAUUACGGCUUACGAGGUCAUUUACACACCCAUUGAUGACGUACUGAAGCCGGUGGGCGCUGCGAAGAAAGUAAAGAUCGAUAACCCCAAGAAGCGGAUGCUGUUGAUCGAGAACCUCCAAAGCGCUCAGACCUACCAGUACAAGGUCCGUGCCAUGAACAGCAUAGGCUGGGGCCCCUUCAGAAAUGCCACCAUCAACCUGGCAUCACAGCCUACCAGACCCAUGUCCAUUCCCAUCAUUCCAGAUAUCCCUAUUGUGGAUGCAGAGGCCGGAGACGAGUAUGACAGCUACCUGAUGUACAGCAAUGAGGUGCUAAAGUCCCCCACAGGCUCCAAGACACCCAGCGUCUCUGGUGAUGGCUGGAAAUAUGUCAAGUUGGUGGGGUCCAAACUGGAUCUCCGUAAGGUGUCGUGGUUGGACGUCAUCUCCAGUCGGCUCAGCACAGACACAGAGACGAGCUCAGACGAGGCCCCCCACCCCGGCUACGCCAAAACGCCCCUGCCAGAUUACACGAUGAAUGGGAAAUGGGACCAGAACUUCCUCUUCCCGGGGGGAUCAGGGACCCGCAACUUGUCUACAUCGUCCUCUCCAAUGUCCACCCUGAACUCAAACUACAGAGGGGCAGGCAGCUCCUCUUUUCUCACCGACACAACCACCACCUACAUGUCGGGAUCAGGAGGCUCUCGCAGAACCGAGAUGAUCGAAGGAGGGGUACACACAUCGGAGGUCAUCAUGAGAAAGCGCUCAGAGAUCCGGGGUUACGCAGACGAAAACAUCCGAGACUCUAUCGUCAUGGGAGACGUUCCAAGCAUGUUCCCAGAUCUAGGUGGGUUCGGCUACACUGGGACGCAGAGCAGCUCUCAGAGCCAGUUCAGCUACAACAUGUCGACAGGCUCGAGUGCCAGGAACCAGUCGUCAGACGUCAAUGACGCCCUAUACAAUCUGGACAGGGUGCUCCAGGAUUCUCCACUGUCUCCGGGUGUACCAGACACCCCCAGCCGACUGGUGUUUUCUGCUCUCGGCCCCACCGCCCUGAAGGUCAGCUGGCAGGAGCCCCGCUGUGACAAAGACAUCCUGGGCUACUGUGUUCUCUACCAGCUGCUCAAUGGAGGCGAGGGGAAGCGUAUUAAUGUGACAAACCCGGCCGAGAACUCUGUGAUCAUCGAGGACCUUCUGCCCAACCACUCCUACCUGUUUAAGGUGAAGGCUCAGAGCCAGAAGGGCUGGGGUCCAGAGAGAGAGGGGGUCAUCACCAUCGAGUCCGCUGUGGACCCUAAGAGUCCCCUGAGCCCGAUGCCAGGCUCGCCGUUUACUCUGAGCACUCCCAGUGCCCCGGGCCCCCUGGUCUUCACUGCACUGAGCCCAGAAUCCCUGCAGCUCAGCUGGGAGCAGCCCCGUAAACCCAACGGAGACAUCCUGGGAUAUAUAGUCACCUGUGAACAGCUGCACGGUGGAGGAGACGUACGUUCCUUCGAGGUGAACGGGGACAGCGCCGAGACCAGUCUGACCGUACCGAACCUGACUGAGAACGUUCCCUACAAGUUCAAAGUUCAGGCUCGAACCACACAGGGCUUCGGUCCUGAGAGGGAGGGCAUCAUCACCAUCGAGUCUCAGGACGGCAGCACUUUGUCUCAGUACAACAGCCAAGCGAUGUCGAGUAGGGAGGUUUUCCAGUCGCCAGCAGAGGUCAACACGCGGACCAACGUCUCCCACACCAUGAUCCACGACCCCUUCUUCUCAGAUGGCACGAUGAUGACCACGCAGCACACAGAGACCAGCGGCAUGGUGACCCGUCAGGUCACCAAGGAAGUGGUUCAGAGGAGCGUCAUGGGAGGGACCACGGUCACAAAGAAGAUGUUUUACGAAUCGUAAAGGUCUUGAAUGGUCUAAAAUGAACCGGCCAAAGGGUCUCUUUUAAAAAGAUUCAGAUUACUGUGUGUGUUUUUUUGAUAUGCGCUUGUGGAUUCUGCGACCCACAAAAGAUUUCGUGUCAUAAAUAGACGGAGAGGAGGUCGUUCGCUCAUGUCUGUUACAAACCAUGGCCACUUUCCAGCCAUAGAUGAGGAUCAUUUUAACAAUUACAUUCAUUUUCACGGUCGCUUCUGAUGUAUUUCAUUUAGGUUUUCUUGCCACACUCAACUUUUUAUAAACAAGCUCUAUUUGUCUAUUUUUAUUUUUUUUAAUUUUUUUUUAUCCUCUCUGCCACUUUAUUUCAGUUAAAAGCACAACAAAACAUCCCAUUGUUAAUCAAUGUCUUUUCAUUUUGAAUUAGAAUGGUUGUCUCUGUAGCUGAGUAUCACUGACUAAACAAAUACUUUGGUCUCAGACUCCGCCCCUCCGUCGGUGCAGGUCUGGUAACACACUGCAUCUUUAAAUCAGGGCCAGUAAUCUGACUGGCUGAGUAAUCCAGGGUGACCUUGCCCCUCGUCUCCUGUCCUCCACCUGCCUGAGAUGUUUCGACUGCUUCAGGUUGAACCCACCAACCUUCAACUGCCUUCUUGAGCUGUUGGAGUUAUGUUU